AGUCCUUCCACCCGCGGCAGCUGCAGGAGGAGGCGAACGCUCUUCAGCUCCGCUGCGGGAGCAGCGGCAGUGGCAGCGGCUGGACCAGAGGGACAGGCGGCUGGACCGCGCCUGGCGGCUGGACUGUGCGCUCCUAUUCUCUCCCGCUCCUGGGUCUUGGGCUCACUCGCCCAGUGCCGCUCUCGCCCUGUGCCGCUGGGUGCACAAUCGCUCAGAGGCGGCACCGCCGGGUGGCCACAGCCUCAGCCCUGCCCCUCCCUCCCUCCCUUCAGCCUCACCACGUAGGAGUUCGGAUUCUCCACCCGUUUUCUUUCCCUUUUCCUCUCUUUUGGAAACGAGAGGUGGAGGGCGGCAACAAGGCUGCUAAGGAGAGGCCCGCCUGCAAAGUGUUGCUUUGACACAUCCUUAUUAUGGAAGUUAAGUGAAAAAAAAAACAAAAAACAAAAAACAAAAUCCCAAAAAAACUCCGGGACGUGUUGCUGCUACGGAGAAGGAGAUGGGGAAAGGAAACCAGUAGGCAGGCCAAUGGUUUCUCGGCAGCUCUCUGGCAAGUUUGUGGAACACUUUCUAGGAAUUAGGUCUUUUUCCUCCUCCUUCAUCUUCUUGACUUCUGAAGAAAGAACUUGGCUUUGGAUUGCAAUGGAACCAAAGGAGAGAGGGUUAGACACACUUGAGUAAUCUCUCCGGCUGGGGUAAAUUUGUGGGAAUUUAGGAAUCAGAGUGUGGAAAUACAGCAGCCUUUGAAGUGCCCUCCGUUAAUUUGGAUGGAUCUAAGCGUGUCCCACUCAAGAACUGGACACCAACCCCUUGAUCUUGUGAUUUGCUCUUCUUGAUUCUAAGUAGUAUUUAGAAAAGUCUGAACUUUGGACCUACCUCUUUCUUUGAUACUUAUUUUUGUACUUUUGCUCUCUGGGAUUGGUUUCUAAAACAAUCUGGAUCGUUUUUAAUAUGUCAAAAUGAGUCUGCUGAUGUUUACACAACUACUGCUCUGUGGAUUUCUAUAUGUUCUGGUUGAUGGAUCUCGACUCCGCCAGGAAGAUUUUCCCCCACGGAUUGUGGAGCACCCUUCGGAUGUCAUUGUCUCUAAGGGAGAGCCCACCACUCUGAACUGUAAGGCAGAGGGCCGACCAACACCCACCAUUGAAUGGUACAAGGAUGGUGAGCGGGUGGAGACUGACAAGGAUGAUCCCAGGUCUCACAGGAUGCUUCUGCCCAGCGGAUCCUUAUUCUUCUUGCGCAUCGUGCAUGGGCGCAGAAGUAAACCUGAUGAAGGGAGCUAUGUCUGUGUUGCAAGGAACUAUCUUGGCGAAGCAGUGAGUCGAAAUGCAUCUCUGGAAGUGGCAUUGUUGCGAGAUGACUUCCGGCAAAACCCCACAGAUGUUGUAGUGGCAGCUGGAGAGCCUGCAAUCCUGGAGUGCCAACCUCCCCGGGGACACCCAGAACCCACCAUCUACUGGAAAAAAGACAAAGUUCGAAUUGAUGACAAGGAAGACAGAAUAAGUAUUCGUGGUGGAAAAUUGAUGAUCUCCAAUACCAGAAAAAGUGAUGCAGGAAUGUACACCUGUGUUGGUACCAAUAUGGUGGGAGAAAGAGACAGUGAUCCAGCAGAGCUGACUGUCUUUGAACGACCCACAUUUCUCAGGAGGCCAAUUAACCAGGUGGUGUUGGAAGAAGAGGCUGUAGAAUUUCGCUGUCAGGUCCAGGGAGAUCCUCAACCAACGGUGAGGUGGAAAAAGGAUGAUGCAGACUUGCCAAGAGGAAGGUAUGACAUCAAAGAUGAUUACACUCUGAGAAUUAAGAAGGCCUUGAGUACAGAUGAAGGUACCUAUAUGUGUAUUGCUGAGAAUCGGGUGGGAAAAGUGGAAGCCUCCGCUACCCUCACUGUCCGAGCUCGCCCUGUUGCUCCUCCACAGUUUGUGGUUAGGCCAAGAGAUCAGAUUGUUGCUCAAGGUCGAACUGCAACAUUUCCCUGUGAAACUAAAGGAAACCCCCAGCCAGCUGUGUUUUGGCAGAAAGAAGGCAGCCAGAACCUACUUUUCCCAAACCAACCCCAGCAGCCCAACAGUAGAUGUUCAGUGUCACCAACUGGAGACCUCACCAUUACCAACAUUCAGCGCUCAGAUGCGGGUUACUACAUCUGCCAGGCCUUGACUGUGGCAGGAAGCAUUUUAGCAAAAGCUCAACUGGAGGUUACCGAUGUUUUGACAGAUAGACCUCCGCCCAUAAUCUUACAAGGCCCAGUAAACCAAACACUAGCAGUCGAUGGUACAGCAUUACUAAAAUGUAAAGCCACUGGUGAUCCUCUUCCAGUCAUUAGCUGGUUAAAGGAGGGAUUUACUUUUCUGGGUAGAGAUUCAAGAGCAUCUAUACAAGACCAAGGAACACUGCAAAUUAAGAAUUUACGGAUUUCUGACACUGGCACUUACACUUGUGUGGCUACAAGUUCAAGUGGGGAGACUUCCUGGAGUGCAGUGCUGGAUGUGACAGAAUCUGGAGCAACAAUCAGUAAAAAUUAUGAUUUAAAUGACCUGCCAGGACCACCAUCAAAACCACAGGUCACUGAUGUUACUAAGAAUAGUGUUACCUUGUCCUGGCAACCAGGUACCCCUGGAACUCUUCCAGCAAGUGCAUAUAUCAUUGAAGCUUUCAGCCAAUCAGUGAGCAAUAGCUGGCAGACAGUGGCAAACCAUGUAAAGACCACCCUUUAUACUGUGAGAGGAUUGCGACCCAAUACAAUCUACUUGUUCAUGGUCAGAGCGAUCAACCCCCAAGGUCUCAGUGACCCAAGCCCUAUGUCAGACCCUGUGCGCACACAAGAUAUCAGCCCACCAGCACAAGGAGUGGACCACAGACAAGUACAGAAGGAACUAGGAGAUGUCCUUGUUCGCCUUCACACUCCUGUUGUACUGACUCCCACUACUGUUCAGGUCACAUGGACAGUUGACCGCCAGCCUCAGUUUAUUCAAGGCUACCGAGUAAUGUAUCGUCAGACUUCAGGCCUACAAGCCACCUCCUCAUGGCAGAAUUUAGAUGCCAAAGUCCCAACUGAACGAAGUGCUGUCUUAGUCAAUCUGAAAAAAGGAGUCACUUAUGAAAUUAAAGUCCGACCGUAUUUUAAUGAGUUCCAAGGAAUGGAUAGUGAAUCUAAAACAGUCCGUACUACUGAAGAAGCCCCAAGUGCCCCUCCACAAUCUGUCACUGUGCUGACAGUCGGAAGCCACAAUAGCACAAGCAUUAGUGUUUCCUGGGAUCCUCCUCCUCCAGAUCACCAGAAUGGAAUAAUCCAAGAGUACAAGAUCUGGUGUCUGGGAAAUGAAACACGAUUCCAUAUCAACAAAACUGUGGACGCAGCCAUUCGGUCUGUAAUAAUUGGUGGAUUAUUCCCAGGUAUUCAAUACCGGGUAGAGGUGGCGGCUAGUACCAGCGCCGGGGUUGGAGUAAAAAGUGAACCACAGCCAAUAAUAAUCGGAGGAAGGAAUGAAGUUGUCAUUACUGAAAACAAUAACAGCAUAACUGAACAAAUCACUGAUGUUGUGAAGCAACCAGCUUUUAUAGCUGGUAUUGGUGGUGCCUGCUGGGUAAUUUUGAUGGGCUUUAGCAUCUGGUUGUAUUGGCGAAGAAAGAAGAGAAAGGGCCUCAGUAAUUAUGCUGUUACAUUUCAAAGAGGAGAUGGAGGACUAAUGAGCAAUGGAAGCCGUCCAGGUCUUCUAAAUGCGGGUGAUCCCAGCUAUCCAUGGCUUGCUGAUUCAUGGCCAGCCACAAGCUUGCCAGUGAACAAUAGCAAUAGUGGCCCAAAUGAAAUUGGGAAUUUUGGGCGUGGAGAUGUGCUGCCACCAGUUCCAGGCCAAGGGGAUAAAACAGCAACGAUGCUCUCAGAUGGAGCCAUUUAUAGCAGCAUUGACUUCACUACCAAAACCACUUACAACAGUUCCAGCCAAAUAACACAGGCUACCCCAUAUGCCACGACACAGAUCUUGCAUUCCAAUAGCAUCCAUGAAUUGGCUGUCGAUCUGCCUGAUCCACAGUGGAAAAGCUCAAUUCAGCAAAAAACAGAUCUGAUGGGAUUUGGUUAUUCUCUGCCUGAACAGAACAAAGGUAACAAUGCCUUACUUUACAUCCCUGACUACCGAUUGGCUGAGGGAUUGUCUAAUAGAAUGCCACACAACCAGUCACAGGAUUUCAGCACCACCAGCUCUCACAACAGCUCAGAAAGGAGUGGCAGUCUCUCAGGUGGGAAAGGUGGAAAAAAGAAGAAAAAUAAAAACUCCUCUAAACCACAGAAAAACAAUGGAUCGACCUGGGCCAAUGUCCCUCUACCUCCUCCCCCAGUCCAGCCCCUUCCUGGCACAGAGCUGGAACACCAUGCAGUGGAACAGCAAGAGAAUGGCUAUGACAGUGAUAGUUGGUGCCCACCAUUACCAGUACAAACAUACUUACACCAGGGUAUGGAAGAUGAACUGGAAGAAGAUGACGAUCGGGUCCCAACUCCACCUGUUCGAGGCGUGGCUUCCUCUCCUGCUAUCUCCUUUGGACAACAGUCUACUGCCACUCUUACUCCAUCCCCACGGGAAGAGAUGCAACCCAUGCUGCAGGCUCACCUGGAUGAGCUGACAAGGGCAUAUCAGUUUGAUAUAGCAAAACAAACAUGGCACAUUCAAAGCAAUAAUCCACCCCCACAGCCCCCAGUUCCACCAUUAGGUUAUGUGUCCGGAGCCUUGAUUUCUGAUUUGGAAACAGAUGUUCCAGAUGAUGAUGCUGAUGAUGAAGAGGAAGCUUUAGAAAUCCCCAGGCCCCUGAGAGCACUAGACCAGACACCCGGAUCCAGUAUGGACAAUCUAGACAGCUCUGUGACAGGUUCAAUGGUAAAUGGAUGGGGCUCUGCAUCUGAUGAGGAUCGUAACUUUUCUAGUCAUAGAUCUAGUGUAGGUAGCUCCUCAGAUGGUUCCAUAUUUGCCAGCGGCAGUUUUGCACAAGCACUGGUGGCAGCAGCAGAUAAAGCUGGUUUUAGGCUGGAUGGAACCAGCCUUACAAGAAAAGGAAAAGCCUUUACCUCCUCUCAAAGACCUCGACCCACCAGCCCGUUUUCUACUGACAGUAACACGAGCGCAGCCCUGAAUCAAAGUCAGAGGCCCAGGCCCACCAAAAAACACAAGGGAGGGCGAAUGGACCAACAGCCAGCACUGCCUCACCGAAGGGAAGGAAUGACAGAUGAUCUUCCACCACCACCAGAUCCCCCACCAGGUCAGGGUUUAAGGCAGCAAAUAGGCCCGAGCCAGCAUGCUGGUCAUGUGGAAAACUCAACAGAGAGAAAAGGAAGCUCUCUAGAGAGACAACAAGCCUCCAGCUUAGAAGACACAAAGAGCUCCUUGGAUUGUCCAGCCAAAACCUCCCUAGAGUGGCAACGACAAACCCAGGAAUGGAUAAGCUCCACAGAACGCCAAGAAGACAUAUGGAAAGCCCCACACAAACAAGGGGUUGGAUCAGAGGAGGCCUUGGUGCCCUAUAGCAAGCCCAGUUUCCCAUCUCCAGGUGGCCACAGCUCAUCAGGAACAGCUUCUUCUAAAGGAUCCACUGGACCCAGGAAACCGGAGGUGUUGAGGGGAGGCCACCAGCGCAAUGCCAGUGACCUUCUUGACAUAGGAUAUAUGGGCUCAAAUAGUCAAGGACAGUUUACAGAGUAACUGAGAGGAGACAUACAAAGCUGCUCUGAAAGGACCAUCAGGUCCCAACUCAUGGACGUGAUGACACUAAACAGUGCAAUGAACAAUUUCUUUUAUUUAUGUACUAUUAAAAGAACUGUAAAUGCAAUGUAAAGACACACAGCCACACAUAUCCCACAGAUAUUUUACUUGUGUUCUUCUCUUAAGUACACCACCCACCUUAACUCUUUCUUGUCAGGAGUAUAUAAAAAAAAAGAAAGAAAACAAAACUUGCCCUCCAGGAAGAAAAGGAUUUUCCUCUGUAUAUAAUUUCUUUUGUGCAUUGCUAUGCAAGCUCACUCUUUUUAGCUCUGUUCCUAUUAUUGUCUGUUCUUAUUGGUCUGUUGUACUAUAUGUGAAUUAAUAGGCUGUGGUGCCAUAUAUUAACUUUUAAUUGUGUAACUUUUAUGUUUAAAUUUUGCACUGCAAUUUUAUUUGGUGAUAAGCACAAAUCUCUACUCCUCAUGACAUGAAGAAAAGAUUGAAUGUGAAGGGGGUUUCUGUACUGUAAGCUAGGUUGGAUAAUGCUGGUGUAACCCAUCCUGUUAGAUGGUUUUCAGUUGGGGUGUAGAAAUAGGAAGAUGCAAAGGAACAAUGGUGUUGGCAAAGUCUGAACAUCAGGAAUUGAGUCUGUUUUUAAGAGAAGAAAGAUGGAUUUUGCUAUUGACAAAAGCAAGGGGUCAAAAGAAGGAAUUUUAAGUCUUUAGACUGAAUAUGCAUUAAAAUAUGCAGGUAGCAAAGAUGUACUAAACUUUCUUUAAAAAAAGAUAAUUAAAGUUUUAUUUAGAAUCAACUUUACCUGUCAUUGUAAUUGACCCAUCUGAGAAUGGCGAGAAGCAAAAGGAAAUUAAGGUGUUUCACAAGAGCUGUAUUUAUAUUACAGCUUUUUUAAAACAGCAUUUUCUGAAUUACCAUAAUUAAUCUCUCCAACUCAUUAAGUCAGAAUAUAACAUGAAGUUCCCCAAGGAAACAAACAAAAUGAACUCGAGACUAUCUAGCAAGUAAAGAAGCAAUUUAUUAUUAGGACAUACUCAGGCUGCUUCCAAACAUGAAAUCUAUUGCAAUAUCUUGUUUUGUCUUUCUAAUACAUGUACAGUACACACUAGAGGAUAAAACUGCAUCAUUUAAAUUCAUGAUUGAAAAAAAUGCAGUCUAUAUACAACUUUGUGUUUCAUUUGCCUAAGACGUAAAGUUGAUUUCACCAAACGUAGAGCCAAAUUGCAAGUGCUUAAAAAGCAGUGCUCAGAGUAUGUUCAGUUCACUGUCCGUAAGUUUAUCGGAAUAAAUAUUUGAUGGUACAUUCUCAGAAAUUGGCUACCAACUAAAAUCUGUUUGACCCAUUUUGAAUGAGUAAAUUGAAAAGAAAAAUUAAAAAGGAGGAAAAAAAUGCAUGUUUAUACACUUUUUAAAUAAAACCAAACCUUGUAAGUGGACAUUAAUAACAGUGUCCUGCCUCAUUUGUUUUCAUGACUUUGAGAACAAGAAGUUCCUGAACAUCAGUUAUGUAUGCUCAAAAUAAAUGUGACUUUGAAAUAUAUGUUAGCUACUGUACAUGUAUAGUCAAUCCGUCAAGUAGAAGAUAACCUUCCUGAAAUUCCCACUUGUGACAUUUUCCCAUGUGCUACCUACACAAUCUUAAAUUCUAGCUCUGUCUAUAUUUUCUUAUGUUUUUCCUAUGAUAUAUUCAGUACUUCAAAACUAUUUGAUGUAACAAUCAGGAUCAGUUCUCAAGUAGGAGACCCUUUAAUAAGUCUCACACUCUGCAUUAUUGGCUCGGUCACCGGUUCAUGUCCUGUUGUCAUAGCAAAGGGAUGACAUAGUUCAAUGGCUCCAUCUUUUGAAUUCCCUGAGACUGCAUCAGCACAGGCAAGCCUAGAAUGUGAUGUUCUUUAUGGGCCCCAACAUCUUCUUGGUGUCGUGUGUAGUUCAUCUCUUCACUGAAGAGAAAAGGAAUUCUGAGACACACUUAUUAAACACUUUAUCAACUUUCUACCAUCAGUGCCUGGAUUUUCAUGCAGUUUGAUUUCUCUGGGAUAAAGAGACUGGGAGAGGAGAAAAAGCUUCUGCAAAAAAAUGAAUACAUAAUUAUUCACAACUCCAAGAUGUGAGGAAUUUAUUUUUUAUUUGUGAAGUUCCUUAAUUCACCUCCUUUAUUUCAAAACAAAUAUCUAAGAAGUUAUAUUCAUUUAUGUUUCAUCUUUUUGCUCCUCAAUCACUGAAUUUAGUCUAAAAUUUUAUCACAUAGAUUAUACAGAUUCUUGACUCCUGGUAACUGGCAUUUGUAGGCAAUUAGUAAACAAGACUUAAAAAAAUAUGUCUUUAUGUAGAUGACAUGUAGAAUAAUUGGAACAUAGCAUCACACCUUCCUGAUUGUCUAGAGUACACAAAAAAUUAACAGGUAAUGCAAUACAAACCCUGUGGUUACUUGGAAUGUUAUUUUAGAAUAAUCCAUGUUGCCCAUUAAACCUAGUUUUAAAUACAUUGGUCCAACAAAUCUUCCACCCAAUAUGGUCAUCCUUUUAUAGAGAGCAAAAUAACAUGCUAUGGCUAUAUAAAUUCAGGAACACUCUUAAAAAUCAGAAAUCUUCAUCAACAUGAUACAUGUAUAAAGCUACCAGUCAGUAUAAGCCAGAAUGUCAACAGAAUAACACAAAUCUAAAAGAGAACCUUUGUAGAUUUUCAUUGUGUAGCUGAUUGAAUGAAUGUGAUUAGAAAUUCACUGAGCUCACUCGGCUAACCAGAGCCUACAUAAGCCAUCAGAAGGAAACGUGGGUGGGAGAAAAUGUAACUUACCUUGCACUUACAGGCAACACUGCUGUGAAGUCACAACAGACACAAGUACUGCUUCAUUUAUAACGGGUAAAGUCUCUUUGGAGAAAAUAACCAUGUCAGUGCCCAAACUCAGGUAUGCCAGUGUAUGCCGGGGAGUCAACCCACCCUCCUCUAAAUCUUUUCCAUGCCAUUUUUUUAAAAGUUAGGAUAGUACAGGGGCAUGAAAAUAAUUGAUCCCUUCAGAGGAUUUGCAUCCAAUUCAAGAGAGAAUAUAAGAAAACGAGGACCAACAUGUUAAGUUAUCAUACAACCAAAGGGAAGUAAAACCAUUGCAAGUUUACUUGCUUUGAAUAGCAGAUUUAAUGGUGUUCUAUGUCAUAGUUUAAUGCUCUAGGUAUUUAAAUAUAUUUUCAAUUGAAUUUGAGUUGAAAGUUUGUAUGUGCUUUGGUGGAACACUUCCUAAUUUCUACUCAAUAAAAAUAUGUAACUGUCCAUUGACAAUAAAACAAUAAUGAUGCCAAUGAGCUCCAAACGGUGGAUUAUCUCUACUGGAAAGCAAUUGUGUGUCAGUAUUAAAGAUAUGCAGAACCAUAUUAUUCACUAAUGUUAGUUUUUUCAUCUGCUUCUGUAUAUUGUGUUUAUAGAGUUACAUGACAAGAAUUGGUGUAAAGCUACAUGUCUUUCCACAUUAUCUUAGAGGUGAAGUUACUUUUAUUUUCCUUCUUUAUAAUGUGUACUUCAAAUGAAGCACCAUGCAUUUCUUUAAAUGACAUGCAAUUUACUAAUUCUUUUUAAUUCCAUAAUUUUAAAAGCAUUUAUUGUGACUUUAAAAGUGUUGCAAGAUAAGGGAUUCUGUGGCCGUGGGUAGACUUUUUAUACUUUGUUUUAUAGAUGCAUUUUUUUUAAAACUGUAGUUUGUUUAAGUCACCAAACAGCGUCCAAAAUCUUAAUGUGUUUCAUUUGAUGUUAGAUUGGCAAAGAAAUUGGCAUAAAAUUGGUUAAUAGUAUUGUCAAACAAUUGUGUAUUGUGUACUCACUGGGAAAAAAUAAAAUAUAUUCACAUUUCAAA